AUGGGAUGUCGCGAAGAUUCACUGGAUAUCGCCCUCGAGCAGGGAAUUCUCAGCAAGACGGCGCAAGUCAACGAGCGGAAACAGGAAUGCCUUCGCUCAAAAGCGCGCUCGAACUUCAAGCAGACGCUGCGCGACAUGCUCGGCAAGGGCGACUGGAAGACGAUCCAGCUCGUCCGAAACGGGGAUAUCGGCUCGAAGGUCGGCGGGUUCGACCGGCUGCGAUACCGCAAGGUCUACCGCAUC